CGCAGCCCAGCCGUGAGGCUCCGCCCACCCCAGCCACCGUCACCCGGGACGUGGCAGGAGCGGAACUGCCAGGCGAUGAGCGGUGCGGCUCCCGGCCGGCGCCGCUGGGCGCGAGUGUCCCGUCUCGUCUCCUUCAGCGCGACCCACCGGCUCCACUGCAAAUCUCUGAGUAAUGAAGAAAAUUUGAAACUGUUUGGAAAAUGCAACAACCCAAAUGGUCAUGGGCACAAUUACAAAGUUGUGGUGACAGUACAUGGAGAGAUCGAUCCUGUUACAGGCAUGGUUAUGAAUUUGACUGACCUCAAAGGGUAUAUGGAGGAGGCAAUCAUGAAACCCCUUGAUCAUAAGAAUCUGGAUUUAGAUGUACCAUACUUUGCAGAUGUUGUAAGCACAACAGAAAAUGUAGCUGUGUAUAUCUGGGAUAACCUCCAGAAAUUUCUUCCUGUGGGGAUUCUUUAUAAAGUAAAAGUAUAUGAAACUGAUAAUAAUAUUGUAGUCUAUAAAGGAGAAUAGCCCUUAGGAAUCAAUACUAUAGAUUCUAUAGAAAUCCAUAGUAUAGAAAUAUUCAAUUUCUGUCCACAUUUGAAAAAUAUCUUUAUCCCCUUGGACUAUUAAGACACCAUCACAUAGUUACUGCACCUCUACACUGUUCUGGAAUGCCUGAUUCAUUGUAAUCAUUGUAAGACUUCUGUUAAAUUAAAAUCUAUUUUAAAACCAAAUUUGUAAUGUAUCAUGAGUAUCAUUAAGAGUGCCUGUUUUGUAUAGAUUAAAAAUCACUUCACUGCAA